ACGCACCCCGCCUGUUUGCUCUCUAGUUACAGUAACGUUAUGGCGGCUGGGACCUGCGGAGGAGGACAACUUCUUCUCGAUUCCUUCCAGAAAACUGUGGGAAGGCGACGGCUUUAAAUCACACCUGUCUCGGCAAACCCGGUCUGGACUGAGACGGACGACGGCAGCGCAACUUGUGGGUUUUUACGGAGUUGUUCCUGGGAGAUAAUCGGGCCGGUGUGAUGCGUGAGGACCCGCAGUCAAGAAACUCCCCUGAUUUUUCCGCGUCUGUCUCUGCCCCUGACUGUCAGUUAGCCGGCUAGCUAGCUGCUCGGUGGCUCACCACCUUCAUGCUAACGUUUGUUUGCAGGGCUUCGUAGUAGCCAAAAGGCGGGCUAGCUUGCUGCUUUUAUUUGCUCCAGGAGACAGGGAUGGCAUUUCGCCUCCACCCGGUAAGCGAAGUGGUUGAGAGGGGUGGGGAGAAGGCAUUUAAGACCCGGUUGAUAAGUUUGUCAGCACUCAUUAGCCUAGCCUAGCCUAGCUUGCUGGUACAACGCCAGAAAACGUUGGCCGAGAGUUUAGCGCUUUGGCUGUUCUCUAGCGAGCUAGCCAAUUAGCAUUUUAGUUGCACAAGAAGACCUGCUAAUCCCCCGUUUAUCCCGUCUGAGUGUUUUGAAGCCUCUGCACCAACUAAUUCAGACGAAGAGAGGAGACGGAACUGCUUUAGUUUGCCUAUUUUACCGUUAAUGUAUAAUAACUCAGGGGUGCUUAAUCUUGCUAGGUGUCAUUAGCAACCUUAUAGGUGUUCGGUGGGGAGAGCGGUAGCGUAAGGUAGCUAGCUAAGGUGCCCUGUAUCAGGGAAACAAUGUCACACAGAUUAUGGCUGUAAAUGACGGAUAGAUUACAGAUGACACAUUACUUAACGCCACAUGUGUGUAAACCGACUGACGUGUUGCACAUUGGGUUGUAUGCCCGUUGUUAUUUUUGUGCAAGACAAGACUUAACGCAGCUAAUAAACGCGCACUAAUAUUGUUAACUGUUUCCGAAUUACAUUAGAUAGAUAGCUUACUGGAUUGAUAACUCAUUCAAUUAGUAGUCACAAUUACUGGUGUGAGCUGUUGCUAUUUUGGGGGGACUAAACAUCACGUCUGUGGUGGCUGACUGGCUGCCCUCGUCUGCUUCAGUGCUGGAAUAGUUUGAUGGACGUGGGAGGCUGUUUUCCAAGCUGUCAGGGCUAUACUCAGUCAUGUAUGUCUUGACACAUAGCACCCUGGUCUGUACAUAGUGCCUGCUGUCAGAAAUAAGUACCGUUAUGUAGCUUUUGGUGGACAGUCAGUAAGGGGAAUGUCUUGUCUUUUUUAUACCUGUUGGUUUGUUUUUUUAUUUUCAUUUGUUUCAAACACAGGAGAGUCUUGUUGAAUCGAAGUGGGAGAGCGGUGCAGCCUGGGCUGUGCACAGUGGACAAUGUUUAUUAGUUAGUGCCUAGGAACUUAAGAGUACUUCCAUUUCUGCCUACAUAUAGGCCAUAGAUAUUGUAGAUUAUUCAUUGGGUAUUGCAACAGAAGACUGCCACUCUGGAUCAAGAAAACCUUUCCCUCGUGUCUGGUUGGAGUAAUACUCUUAAGCCAAAAUCAAUGCCUUCAGCGCUGGCUGUGUUCGCCUGCCGACCCAACUCGCACCCUUUCCAGGAGCGGCAUGUGUACCUGGAUGAGCCAGUCAAGAUCGGCAGGUCGGUGGCUCGGUGUCGCCCGGCCCAGAACAACGCCACCUUUGAUUGCAAGGUGCUGUCCAGGAAUCAUGCCCUGGUUUGGUUUGACCACAACACCGGCAAGUUCUACCUGCAGGACACUAAAAGCAGCAACGGGACGUUCAUCAACAGCCAGAGGUUGAGUCGCGGCUCGGAGGAGAGUCCGCCCUGCGAAGUUCUCUCCGGCGACAUCAUUCAGUUUGGCGUCGACGUCACUGAGAACACACGCAAAGUCACCCAUGGCUGCAUCGUGUCAACAAUCAAACUCUUCCUACCUGAUGGGAUGGAGGCACGCCGACGAAGCGAUGUCAUCCAGGCUCCGUUACCACUACCUGUAGACAAGGUUGCAGCCAACACUCCCAGUAUGUAUUCUCAGGAACUGUUCCAGCUCUCCCAGUAUCUACAGGAGGCCUUGCACAGAGAGCAGAUGUUGGAGCAGAAGCUAGCCACUCUGCAGCGACUGUUAGCCAACACUCAGGAGGCCUCGGAGAGCAGCUGGCAGGCUCUGAUUGAUGAAGACCGUCUGCUCUCCAGACUGGAGGUGAUGGGCAGUCAGCUACAGGCCUACUCCAAGUCCCAGACGGAGGAAGGGAUCCGUAAGGAGCUUUUGGCUCUUCAGGAGGACAAACACAACUACGAGACGACGGCGAAAGAGUCUCUGAGGAGAGUCCUGCAGGAGAAGAUCGAAGUGGUCAGAAAGCUGUCAGAGGUGGAGCGCUCACUCAGUAACACGGAGGAUGAGUGCACCCACCUGAAGGAGAUGUCAGAGAGGGGCCAGGAGGAACUGAGGGAGCUCGCCAACAAGUACAACGCCGCCGUCAACGAGAUCAAAGAGCUCACUGACAAAAUUAAGGUGGCGGAGGGGCGGCAGGAGGAGUUGACCCAACGUGGAGCGACAGAGAAGAGAGAGCUGGAGCUGCGGAUUGAGGAGAUGGAGGAGAAGGAGCAGGUUCUCCAGGCUCGCAUCGAAGCUUUGCAGGCUGACAAUGACUUCACUAACGAGAGGCUCGCCGCCCUGCAGGUUCGGUUAGAACAGCUACAAGAGAAAAGCAUUAAAGAAAACAACAGCCUGGAUGUCGACAUUGUCUCCCACGGACCAGUAGAGGAGCCUGUCGAGGACAAACAGAGCCUGCAGACACCUGAGAGCCAGGAGGAAGACGAGGAUGAGGAGGAUACAGACACCGAUGACGGUGCAUUUGGUGAAGAUGUUGAUGACAACUGUCAUGUUAACAGCGGAGGAGACUCAACUAGAAUCCAACAGUUGAUUGAGUGUCCGCCGGUCAAACAGCUGAAGGAGACUGUAAGUUCUUCAAUCCACAAACUGGCCAACUUUGAUGAAGUGAUGGACGCCCACCUACAGAACAACCAGACGGCAGAAGACGACAUCCUGGCCAGCCCUGAUCGACUCAAAGGGAAUCCGAUGGAUGCCAAAGAGUCCGACAUGUCAGACACUCUGAGUCCCAGCAAAGACCGCAGCAGUGACGACACAUCAGACGGCAACAUGGACGACCAGGAGCUGAACGAACCACAGAACAGAGUAGCUCUGCUCAAAGCGGAGUUGCAUCGGGCCGGUCUAGAGCCAGAAGACACGGAGCAGGUCAUCCACCACCUCCACAGAGAGCUUCUGGACGCCCAGGACUUAGCCAACACUGGCAAGCAGAGAUGUCUGGAGCUACAAGCUCUGCUGGAGGAGGAGAGGAGGAGUAACUCUCGGCAGACUGAAGAGUCGACCAAACAGAUCCAGUACCUGCAGACUCAGCUUGGAAAGCUGCAGGCCGACAUGGAGGCACUGAGGGAGCAGAGGGAGAGCACCAUCUGCACCACCAGAGAGGAGCUCUACUGCGCCCAAGAGGAGAUUGUCGUCCUCCGGCACGCCAUGGAGGCAGCCACGGCGGAGCGGGAGCGUGAGAUCGCCGCCCUGCAGGCCGAACUGGGCAACGUGCGAUCUGACCUGGAGCACUGGAGGGACACGGCGGCCAAGUACGAGGGGGAGAUCAGCCGGCUACAGGAGGCCUUCACACAGCAGCAACACCAGCAGAGCUCCGCCAGCCAGCUGCAGGCGGAGUGUGUUACGUUGCAGCAGCGGUGUGUGUGUUUGCAGCAGGACUGUGACGACCUGAGAGGUGAACGGAAAGCUCUUAUGGACAAACUGCAUCGCCUGGAGACUGAGCUGAGCAGCACCAGGGAGCAGAGUCUGGUUCUCAGCAGCAGUCUGGAGUCUCUGGAGAAGAGGGAGGAGGUUCUCCAGGACAAACUGGGUUGUCUGGAGAACCAACACCUGCAGGAUGCAAGCAAGCUGAAGAGCCAGCUGGACCAGUCCCUGGCCCACACGCACACACUGCAGAGAGAGUAUGAGGAGACACAGUCCCAGCUAUUGGACCUCCGUCAGCACUAUGAGAGAACAGAGAAGGAGAAGCUGAGCAUCCACCAGGAACUGGAGCAGUGCAGGAACAGCCUGAAGCUGCUGCAGGACAAGACCAGCUCUCCAUCCAUACUGCAGCCUGUCCAAGCCAUAUUCAUUGGCCUUGUCCUGGCUCUGCUGUACUGGUGUUUCGGCCAGUUGUGGUAGAAAGAGCGGCUGGAGUCCCUGGAUGCCGGUCAUCGCAGUCAUGGUCGCCGUGACGGCAGCCGUCCUCUACCCAGCCUCUCAAAAGCAGCUCCACCUGAGAACACAGACACAAACACACACACAACACACACACACACACACACACACACACACAUCACACACUCACAGAGCGCUGUGAGGAGAGCAUCACUGCUUUACUUGUAUAAAGUCUAAUUGUACAUAAUUGUAGAGGGAAUAUAAAGGUUGUGGUUUCUACAGAGGAUUCAGAAGCUUUUUUGGUUUUAUUUUGUUUUUGUGUUGUUGGUUUUUUCUUGCAGCGAGGAGUUCUGUUGUCGUUUUUAUUCUCGGCUCUCUCUCGGCUGUGGUGGGGCUUUUCUUAUUUUUAUUUUUAUUUUUUUUUGGGAGGGUUUUCCGUCUCUCUGCUGAUUUCCGGGUUAACAAAGCGCUCUCCAGCAGGCCGAGCUGAAACGGGAUGGAGGCGAACGCAACACUCUCCAGCAGCCUCGUCCAGUCAGGGGAACAGGAUCCGCGCUCCUCUUCAGAGAUUUCAUUGGCUAUUGGAGUCUGUCGGUAGGCGGUGUUCACCUGUUGCUGCGUCAGAACUGGUUUUAUUUGUUCGGACGGACCGGGCUGCAGCGCCACGCCGGUCCGUUGAGGAGAGUUCUCAGCAGGACUGACAGAUUUAGGAGUGUAGGAUCUUUAUUGAGGAAAGUCCUACAACAUGCUCAUCUUGCCUUUAAACCGUCCCCGUGUUCAGCUUUAAUUUUACUCAUUACAUCCUUUAAAACACCUCAGUGCUCUUUGACAUCGUCAGUACGAGUCAUCUGUCUGGAUGUCGGACUCAUUUCAGAUUUUACCUGCAGAUAUUUGGUGCCAGUGUACCCGAAAUCUUUAAAUUUGACUGUUAAGAUAGACACAAUUACCUUUUUUUUUUUCUCUUGUCAGGGUAGAAAAUUGAUUCAAAAAAAUAUUGAGUUACCAAUUUGGCAAAGCGGUUUCUAAUCACGUUAAAUGCCAUUCGUUGGUUUAGCGCCAAAGCUUCUUAUUAUCUGGAGUCUCUGUUUAGACGGGCCGUUUUUUGUCAAAAGGAAGUUUUAGUAAGUUUAACCUUCCAGCUGAUGUUCUGCGGCUCGUGUUUGCCUCCCUGUUCACACAGAGUAAGACCACGCAGUAGAUCUGCAUCACAUCAGACUGAUCUGAGUUCAGUAAAAGAAGACUCUCAGCUCCAGAUGUCAGUGAAACGAUUAAAUCCCCGUCAGUAAAAACUCCAACAUGGUAACUGUACAUCGGCGCUGUCAGAUGAAGACAACGAGUCUGUUGAUCUGGAUCAGAAUGGAGGUUUCUGUCCUUCCUGAUCUGGUCCGUCAGGCUGCUGCAAAGUGUUGCCGUUGUUUCAGGAAGCUCUGCUCUCUUGUGGUUUUCGUCGGCCAUGUUGGAUGUCUAACGUGGCAUUUUUCUGGUCUUGUUUUUUUCCUCCAGGGGUGUUUGUUGUUUGGGGUUGAAACUUGAAGCCAAAUUUUUAAAAUGAAAAUCUGAUUUAUUUUCUUUUGUUUUUGUUUUUUCUUCAUUUUUCGGGGAGCAGAAAAAGGGGGUCGAAGUGCCUCUGAUGUAACUAACACCACAGUUUGUGUAUAUGUGUGAACAAACACACACACAACCACACACACACACACACACUUUCUCCGAGAAACGCACUUAAACACACACACAGACACACACACACACACACACACACGGUGUCUUUGACUGCCGGAGGUCUGUUAUUGCGGAGAGAAGCUGUACGUUGGGAAUCCGCAAUGUCUUACCGGCUUUUUAUGGAGUUUCGGUUGCUACUCGUGGCCUUCUUUAAGCAAAAGAUUUCCAUGACAACCGAGCUUACUUUAUCCGCUCCCCAAGUCCGAGAUUGUGGCUUAAAGCUCAGGAAAUAGCCAGUAAGUGGACCUAGAUUUGAGAUGGUUUUGUCAAAUUAUUAUUGUGGCUUCUCAACGAUUCCCGUCGUCUGGAUGGUGAUUUAACGGCUGAUUUUCUGUUUUUCUCAACAACUGUUUUACAAAAACCCAUCGUUCAACAACUUCAGAUCGUGUCAGGACAAGUCAAGAACUGAGGACUGAGUUCUCAACAGAAUAUCUGCUGCUAGCUUCAGUGUUAGUCCUUUAUAGACAUGGAAUAGGACACGUUUCUGACUUCACUCAUCUGUUAAAACUGAUGGGUGUCUUUUACCUUAAUGUUUCUUUAUAACAGCUUCAUUAAAACGUGGCGGGAUGUUUAGGGAACGAUCCACGGAGAAAAAGAAGGAACUACUGAGUUUAUCGCCUUGCCUCUUGCACCAUCCUCAGAACAUUUUUGGGCCCCACCAGUGGUGAAAAUGUCAGAAUAAAAUUGUCUCCAGUUUUUAAUCCAAUCAAAAAUGUCUAUUCCUGUUGAGCAGUGAACUUCUGAGCCUCGCAGAGCUGCUAAAUGUUCCUAAAAACAGGAAGAAAGUCGGCUUCUCUCCAGGCGAGCUUGCAACACUUCAGACCUCCGCGGAAACGUUUUUAGCAGACAUUAAAUUAUUGGGAGAAGAUGUGUGUGUGUGUGUUGGUGUCAAGGGGAGUGUGUGUGUGUGUGGUGUGUGUGUUGGUGUGUGUGUGUGUGUGGUGUGUGUGUGUGUGGUGUGUGUGUGUGUGUGUGUGUGUGUGUGUGUGUGUGUGUGUGUGGUGUGUGUGUGUCGGUUCACACUCUGGACUCUGUCAUCGUUCGUGUACUCUAUCUCGUCUUCGUGUUGAAAACAUUUUAAAUAAAGACAACAAACAAAUAUUCCUGAUGUUUAAAGAGAAAAACACUACAGUACAGAGAGAGAAUUGUAAAAUAAAAUGUUAUUGAAUGAUGUGCUACUAGACUUAUUUUGUUAAAAUUGUUUAGAGAUAUGAGAGGAAGCUUUGUAGAGGAGAUGAUGAUGAUGAUGAUGAUGAUGAUGUGAUGAUGAUGAUGAGUGAUGUGUUGGAUAUGCAGAGCGAUGUUGGAUUAAAGUUGUAGCAAGCUGACCCACCAAA